AUGGAGAGGUACUUCACUCCGGUGCAGCUUAAGCAGGGGACCAGGAGCCAUAGGCACAGCAAGCCCCACCUCCAUGACCAUCAAGAGAGGGACCACAAGCACUGCAAGAUGGCUGAUCAAAAAACGGAUCGCCACAAACACCAUCUCCACCAUCACCACAACCAUGAUUAUCAUCACCAUCCUCAUCACCAGCACCAACAAGAGCUAGAUUGGUCAGAGGACCACAAUGAUCAUGGGUAUGUUUGAUUACAUUAGUUUAUUAGUGCACCAAUUUCUGAAAUCUGCCUGGAUGGAAUUUCUUGUUUUUAUAUUAAACAUUUUGGAAAUUGGACAUAUUUUGAGAAAUAUUAUGCAGAUGUGACAAAAUGAUCUUGUCCUAGUUAAUUUAACCAGCGCUGCAUUAUUGUAAAACAUGUAACUCACAGGAGGUUGGUGGCACCUUAAUUGGGGAGGAUGGGCUUGUGGUAAUGGCUGGAGCGGAAUAAGUGAAAUGGUAUCAAAUACAUCAAACACAUGAUUUCCAUGUGUUUGAUGCCAUUCCAUUCACUCCGUUCCAGCCAUUAUUAUGAGCUGUCCUCCUCUCAGCAGCCUCCACUGGUGUAACUGAGCCCUAAGAGUAUGGUCUCUGCCUCAGUGAAAUACUGAACACUGCUGUCAUCCUGUUCUCCUCUUGCAGUAGCAACCAUUCAACAUCAGAGGGCAACAUUGUCCGCCACCAUCACCAUGGCCACAACAAUCACCCUCACCACCACAAUGAGAAAUCUCACCACUCUCCCCCUGACCAUCCUCAUCACCACCAUCAACCACAUCACCAUGCCACAGAUGUGACCUCCCACCCUCAGGUUGCAGCAACUUCCUCCAGCUCCUCCUCUGGUUCCUCAUCAUCAUCUUUCUCAUCUUACUCCUCUUCUUUAACAUCAUCCUCUUCCUCCUCGUCAUCCUAUGGCUCUUCAUCCACCUGGUCCUCUCAGACCAAUAUAAAUGAGUCCGUGAAGGAUUACAAACAUCCACUGCAGAAGCCCAAGUACUCACAGUCCUGCACUGACAUCUCUAGGGGGAGGAAGGCCUAUGAUGAUGAGGAAGAUGACACCUCUCCUUUAAUAGAUGAUGAAGGCCAUCGCCACAAGUCCCCCAGCCAGGAAAGGAGCCUGAACGAGAAAAAGAAAGCCGUGUCCUCUCAUCUGACCCCUGCCAAGAUCACCCUGAAGAAGCAGGACAGUGCUAAAUUGGCAGGAAUGGCUGGCAAAGUCCGCAAGGCAAAGUCAAUGGAGGCGCUGUCCCAUUGUGAGGACAGAGAUAGAGAUGCAGAUACCAUUGUAGAUCAGGAGGAGUUGGAGAAAAGGAAGGAGGUAGCCAAGAAGAACUUAGUGAAGGACAAACUGAAGUUCUCUGCCUUUCUGAACGAGAUCACCAGGCAGGUGCUCAGCCCGUACAGACUCACCUCUCUUGGAGUCACAGCUGCUAACAGGCCCAGCAGCCCAGGACAAGCCUCCCUGAGGUUCCCCAAGGUGGAGCGCACAGGGAAGCAGAGGCAAAGGCAGAAGAGUAGUCGGCCUGGCAGUGCAAGCUCUACGACAGUUAGUGUCCACUCCCAUAUCAGCAGGCAGUCCCGCUCCCAUCUCAGCAAACACCAGCAUCACCAACACCAUCGCCACCAUCAGCCUGCAAGAGACAUGCACCACAGUCCUAGCAGCCACACCGAUGACAGCACUAGCCCAGAAAAUAGCCCCUCAUUAAGACAUCACUCCCGUUCUUCAACACCACACCACCAUCAUAACCAGCAUCUCUCCCAUUCUCCAUCUCACCACCAUCCCCAUCACAAUCACAGAGUUCUUCACAGUCCAUCUCAUCACCAUGGAGACCACCACAGCCCAAAGCAUCAUCAUGGAGACCACCACAGCCCACCUCAUCAACGUAGAGACCACCACAGCCCAAGCCAUCCCCAUCGCCAUGGAGACCAACACAGGCCAACCCAUCACCAUGGAGACCACCACAGCCCAACUCAUCCCCAUCCCCAUGGAGACCACCACAGCCAAACUCAUUCCCAUGGAGACCACCGCAGUCCAACUCAUCCCCAUCACCAUGGAGACCUCCACAGCCCAACUCAUCCCCAUCACCAUGGAGUCCACCAUAACCCAACUCAUCCCCAUCAUCAUGGAGACCACCACAGCCCAACUCAUCCCCAUCACCAUGGAGACCACCACAACCCAACUCACCCCCAUCACCAUCACCAUGGAGAUCACCACAGCCCCACUCCUCCCCACCACCAUGGAGACCACCACAGCCAAAUGCAUCCCCAUGGAGACCACCACAGCCCAAGCCACUCCCAUGAUCAUGGGGACCUCCACAGCCCCAGUCAUCCCCAUCCCCAUGGAGACCAACACAGCCCAACUCAUUCCCAUGGAGACCUCCACAGCCCAACUCAUCCCCAUCACCAUGGAGUCCACCAUAACCCAACUCAUCCCCAUCAUCAUGGAGACCACCACAGCCCAACUCAUCCCCAUCACCAUGGAGACCACCACAACCCAACUCACCCCCAUCACCAUCACCAUGGAGAUCACCACAGCCCCACUCCUCCCCACCACCAUGGAGACCACCACAGCCAAAUGCAUCCCCAUGGAGACCACCACAGCCCAAGCCACUCCCAUCAUCAUGGGGACCUCCACAGCCCCAGUCAUCCCCAUCCCCAUGGAGACCAACACAGCCCAACUCAUUCCCAUGGAGACCUUCACAGCCCCAGUCAUCCCAAUCGCCAUGGGGACCUCCACAGCUCCAGUCAUCCCCAUCACCAUGGAGACCACCACAGCCCAACCAAUCACUAUCCCCAUGGAGACCACCACAGCAAAACUCAUCCCCAUGGAGACCUCCAGAGCCCAACUCAUCCCCAUCACCAUGGAGUCCACCACAGCCAAACUAAUCCCGAUCACCGUGGAUACCACCACAGCCCAACUCAUCCCCAUCGUCAUGGAGACCACCACAGCCCAACUCAUCCCCAUCAUCAUGGAGACCACCACAGCCCAACUCAUCCCCAUCAUCAUGGACACCACCACAGCCCAACUCAUCCCCAUCACCAUGGAGACCACCACAGCCCAACUCAUCCCCACCACCAUGGAGACCACCACAGCCCCCCCCAACCCCCUCACCAUGGAGACCACCAAAGCCAAAUUCAUCCCCAUGGAGACCACCACAGCCCCAGUCAUCCCCAUCACCAUGGGGACCUCCACAGCUCCAGUCACCCCCAUCACCAUGGAGACCACCACAGCCCAACCCAUCACCAUUCCCAUGGAGACCACCACAGCCAAACUCAUCCCCAUGGAGACCCCCACAGCCCAAGCCACCCCCAUCACCAUGGAGACCUCCACAGUCCAAGCCAACCCCAUCACCAUGGAGACCAUCACAGCCCAACUCACAGCCCAACUCACCCCCAUCACUAUGGAGACCUCCACAGCUCAACUCAUCCCCAUCACCAUGGAGACCACCACAGCCCAACUCAUCCCCAACACCAUGGAGACCACCAAAACCCAACUCAUCCUCAUCACCAUGGAGACCAUCACAGCCCAACUCACCCCCAUCACCAUGGAGAUCACCACAGCCAAACUAAUCCCCAUGGAGACCUCCACAGCCCAAGCCACCCCCAUCACCAUGGAGACCUCCACAGUCCAAGCCAACCCCAUCACCAUGGAGACCAUCACAGCCCAAGUCAUUCCGAUCACCAUGUAG